AUGAUGUCCAGACCAUUCAACCGAAUUCCCGCCGAGAGAGUUGGAGAAAAUAACCCAUCCAUCUGGGUCGAACUCGGUGCUCUCGCUUCUGAGAUCAAUGCUGUCAAUCUUGGACAAGGAUUUCCGGAUGGACCUGCUCCCAAAUUCGUCACUGACCAGCUCAAGAGAAUCUCAAAGCAUCCAGAGCUCACUUGUGCUCAUCAGUAUACUUCUGGAUAUGGGCAUCCAAAAUUGGUCAAUGAACUGAGCAAAUGGUACUCUUAUCUGUAUCAACAACAAGUGAAUGCCAAGUCAAAUAUUUUGGUCACAGUGGGAGCCUAUCAUGCUCUCUAUUAUUCAUUCCUCGCAUGGAUCAAUAAGGGGGAUGAAGUCAUCAUCAUCGAGCCAGCUUUCGAUUGCUAUGCUCCUCAAAUCAAAUUGGCCGGUGGUGUCCCAGUCUCGAUUGCCAUGAACUUCCCAGACGGUGGAACUGACGCUUCUCAGUUCACAGUCGAUUUCGAAAAGAUGGAAAGCAGCAUCACGGAGAAAACCAAGAUGAUCGUCAUCAACAACCCCCACAACCCAUCUGGCAAGCUCUUCAAUAGAAUGGAGCUUCUCAAAAUCGCAGACAUUGCUCAGAAGUACGACUUGAUCGUCGUUGCCGACGAAGUGUACGAGUUCCACUGUUGGGGUGUGCCUAAAAUGAUUCGAUUCGCGAGUCUUCCUGGAAUGUGGAACCGAACAAUUUCCAUCGGAAGCGCUGGAAAGGUGUUUUCCAUCACAGGUUGGAAAUUGGGCUGGGCUAUCGGACCAGAUCAUCUUCUUGCUCCGCUCAAAGCGAUCCACCAAAACUGUACCUACGCCUGCUCCACUCCCACUCAACUCGCAGUCGGGAUGGCAUUCGAGAAGGAAUGGGAGACAUUCCAUGUCAAGCCUCACAAAUCUUAUCUUGGAGGAUAUUUGCCGGAGGAGCUCGUGAAAAAGAAUAAGAAGCUCCAAAAGAUGCUCGUGAAAGCUGGAUUUGCUCCGAUCUUGCCUCAAGCUGGCUACUUCAUGUUGGCAAAUUAUACCCAAAUAAAUGCUGAGUUCAAAACUUUGGAAGAGACUAGUGAGUUGGAUGAUUACUCAUUCACCAAAUGGCUAUGCACGGAGAAGAAGUUGGCAGUGAUUCCGUUAACCGCCUUCUUUGCCAACAAUGAAGACAAGAUGAGAAACACUUCAUUCGUCAGAUUCUGCUUUUUCAAGAAGGACAAGACCCUCAACGACGCCAAGAAGAUCAUGAAGAAUCUCUCCAAGUGA